UCCUCGCCCUUGAAAGGCAAAUACUGCAGAUGCAGCAGCUUGCUACUCUUCUCCACUGGUGAACGAAUCGGCAUGCUUUCCCCAAAGCUCUCCAGCUCUUCCUACAGGCACCAUAAAUCACCUCUCGCACUCAGCAGAUCCGUAUAUACCUGAGUGGAAGACGGCCCUCUUUUUUUAGAAAGCCAGUAAAGGGAGUUGUCGCUGUCAUGAUCAGAUACGUUGGCAUUGCUGUUGGCAUUGCUGUCCCCCUUGUUCUUUUCAUCAUUACAGUAACUGAUUGGUCAUCAACAGUGAAGGUCUUGGGGAGAGAAUCUAAGCAGCAGCAGCAGCAGCACUGUGACGUGGAUGACUCUGUACCCUGCAGGCCGGCCUGCCCCACUGGAUGGCUUAACUAUGAAGGAAAAUGCUACUUCUUCUCAGAGGAAGAAAAAAACUGGACUUCCAGCCAAAGCUUUUGUGCUUCCCAUGGCUCCUCCCUGGCUGUGAUUGAGACGGAGGCAGAAAAGGCGUUCAUUAUGCAUUACGGGUGCUCUAUUGAUUACUGGAUUGGCCUCCAGAAAGAACCUGACCAAACUUGGAAAUGGAUAGAUGGGACAGAAUUAAACGAUAUGUUGGAGGUGAAAGGAGAAGGAGGAGAUUGUGUAUUUCUGAAUUCUGACUCUGCAGUUUCCUCCCGUUGCCACAGAAUAAGAAAUUGGGUCUGCAGCCAUCCUGAUAUCUAUACAAAGAAAAGGCGGUAUUCAGCCACAAAAUGACAAGACCUGGAGGACUGUUUAAAGCCUUCCCAUAAAAGUGCAUGGAAUUCAUGUUUAUAUCUGUGAUUAGCCAACCCUCUCCCUCCAGAUUCCAUCUCUGCCCUACAUUUCUUCUAUUAAUAAAAGACCUAAUAUAUCCUCAAAGGCGUUCCAUAAUAAUUGUGUGAACAGGGAUGCAGGGGAGCAGAGAAGCACAGGAGUGCAGACCUAGAGCACUAAAGCGAGCAAGAGAGAGAGAGAAAUACCUUAGUGCUAAUAAGUAGCUUGUCCUCUCACCCUUUCAGGGGGAACUCUGUCUUGGGCUUUGCAGUAACUGUGUUUUAAGGGGCAAUUCUAUGCUAGGAUUUGAAAAGAGACACAGCAAGACCUGGGUAAGGAUCUGCCUUCUCUAUGACAUUUGCUUUGUGUGAGAAGAAACUGAUAUGGUGAUUGCUUGUUAAAAACUAAACAAAAUCUCUUGAAAGGACUCCACAUAUCUUCCUGGAUCAUAAUGUAAUCAGACAUUUUUCACAUGGGUUGUGUUUGCCCGGGGUUCAAUGCAUUCCCCCUCUCCCCACAUGUUUAUAUUUAGCUACCUCCUAGGUUUUUCUUUGGCUUUUCUUUAAUGUUUCUCAAAUCUGUUCUGCUGCAAAGUUUUGGGAAAGAUAACAACAAAGCCUGAAUGGCUACUGACUAAAAUGGCGGGUCAGACUAAAAUGGUGGGUAAAUUCCAAUAGCUGAUGUCAUUGCUUAGAUUGGGAAAAUUCCUUCCUCACGUAUCCAUUGAAACAGAGAACCACAAGUUGAAAUCUACCACAUGUCUCCAUUUCACACCACAACUAUUCUCUUCAGCAGGGCCCAAUACAGGAAAAUCUACUGGAAUAUUUGGUUAAUAUAUCAAAGUUUGCCCAGUCAUAGCA